UAAAAUGGGCUCGAGACCACCAGGCCCAUUAACCGGUUUAUCAGUUCUUAAAUCUCAAACCCUAGGGAGGCUUUCCAUUCCGGUUGGUUGCGCGUCUCCGUUCGUCGUUCGCUGCGCAUCUCCGAUCUGUUAUUGCUGAAGUGUGAAAAUGUCGAUCGGCGAGACUGCUUGUUCAUACGCAUCACUCAUCCUUCAUGAUGAAGGAAUCGCCGUCACUGCGGACAGUAUCGCCACCUUGUUGAAAACUGCGAAGGUUCAAGUCGAUUCUUUUUGGCCCGCAUUGUUUGCUAAACUUGCCGAGAAGAAAAAUCUUGGCGAUUUGAUAGCAAAUGCCGCAGGCGGUGGGGCACCGGUUGCCGUUGCAGCUGCCCCAGUUGCUGCUGCUGGGGGAGGUGCUGCCGCAGCCGCCCCUGCUGCUGAGGAGAAAAAGAAGGAAGAACCUGAAGAAGAGAGUGAUGAUGAUAUGGGAUUCGGCUUGUUCGAUUAGCGACUUUUUCAAAUGUCAAUUUUGUGGUUACCUUACGGAUAUUUUAGGUUUUGUUUUUUGUGCUGGUUAUUUAUCUUUGUACGACUUGAUUUUGUAGUACUAUGAACUUUCGAAUGUGGGUUUAUGUUCAUUAGAGAAAUCUGAUGGUAGAAGUGUUUACGUUACAUUUUUUUCUUGCCUA